AUGGUGGUGGAGCAGAGAGUGGAGCUGAGGAACAUGGGGACCAGAGUGACAGCCAGUGAGGGUCAGGUGGUGGAACUGAAGAGAGAGAACUCAGGUAAAGAAAGAACAGUGUUGAUGUAUACUAGUAGCAAAUUCAGGAUGUAGGGCAAUUGGGACUCCAACCCGAGUCCCUGCAAGUGUCAGUCGAACGCCUUAGCCAUUACACCAAGAGAUCCAAACUUUUGUACUACGGGCACUACAAUAUGUUUAUCGCAUGUGGGUUAGCUUCUUUUUAAUUCAGUAUGGAUUAAAAAGCCUCUUCAUGUUAUUGUAGUUUUGGAGAUCAGACUGAGUGCCAUUAAGAGCAAGGUGAAGGAGCUGAAAGGAGAGGUGGAGGAGCUGCAGAAAGAGGUGGUGAACCACAGAGUGGAGCUCAGUGUCACUAUGACUGAACUGCAGUUCCACAAGAACAAGGUGGAGGAACUGGAGAGAGAGAAUGCAGGUAAUGUGAGACAGCUUCAUUUCAUUUGACUAUUGUAGUCGGGAAAGAGUGUGUUGAAUUCAUCAUCAGUUUAUUUGCAUUUGUUUACUUGAUAUUUUAGUUCUGCAGGCCAGAGUGACAACCAGUGAGAGCCAGGUUGAUGAACUGAAGAGGGAGAAUACAGGUAAUGUAUGAAUAAGUAUACAUCUAAAAUAAGAUCUAGAGCUCUAGCCAUUAUUCACACAAUUCCAGCCCAAGCAGCAGAACUGUCAGCCAUGGGGACCAGAGUGACAGCCAGUGAGAGAGAGGUGGAGGAACUGAAAGGGGAAGUGGAAGGGCUGAAGAAAGAGAACACAGGAAAGACAAACGCAGACUUUCAGAAACUCAUCGUCUCUAAUGUGGUGUGGGAAUAUGUUCCUUUUAUGAAUUUAUCUUACUCAACGUCCAGUAUCUUAUUGAACUAUUUUGUGCUCACAGACAGACCAAAGGUGGCCUUCUCUGCUGGUUUGACUAACUCAGGAAAAGUAGGACCUUUCAAUACUGAGACCCAACUGAUCUACACCAAAGUCUUCACCAACAUUGGCAACACCUACAGCCCAGUGACAGGUACUACUGCUACAUAUAUGACAUUAGCUACAGACACCGACAUCACUACCAGACUGCUCCAGUGUCUAUAAGAGACAGACAGUGUUGAUCUAUCCCUCCUUUCCUCUGAUGCAGGUGUCUUCACAGCAUCAGUGAGGGAAUCUACUACUUCAGAUUCUCUGGCAUGGACGUCCGCACAUCGGCAUAUCUGGGUGUAUCCUUAUUUAAGAAUAAGCAGCGUGAAAUAUUGUCAAAUCAGUACAAUAGCCACGGAGGGCAUCAGUAUGUAUCUAAUGCAGUGACUCUAGAGCUGGAGGAGGGGGACUUGAUCUACAUGCAUCUCCCAUCAGGCUAUGGUCUCUAUGAUAAUUCAAAUAAAUGUUGCACCUUCAGUGGCUUCCUGCUCUUCCCUAUGUGA